AUGCAGUUGGAAAAUCACAAGGCAGCAAUCUUACAAGUAUCAUCUGUUGGUGUGCAGACUGUACAGAAAGACGUUUACAACAAACAAACUAAAGAUCAGGUCGGAUUGAAGGAAGAUGCAACCAUUAUAUACAACACCAAGUCUAACCAGAUCAAGGUUGUGAAGACCCCAGGUGGAAAGUUGGUUGCACACCACAUCAAGAAGUUGGCCAGCAGACCAAAGUGUGGUGACUGCGGUGUCCCUUUGCCAGGUAUUGCCGUUUUGAGACCAAGACAGUACGCCUCAAUCUCAAAGACUCACAAGACUGUUUCCAGAGCUUACGGAGGUUCCAGAUGUGCUAACUGUGUCAAGGACAGAAUCAUCAGAGCUUUCUUGAUUGAGGAGCAGAAGAUCGUCAAGAAGGUUAUCAAGGAGCACGAAGAGAAGGAGAAGAAGCAGAACUAA